CCCUGCGUGUGUCUAUAACUUUGUGCUGCUGCCGCGGCUGCGCUGCUCGUGGAGGGGAGGAGGAGGAAUGUGGAAGGCAGCGGCGCGCAGGCUGACAGGCGCUUCCUCAGGCGGGCUGCGGCGGCGUCCGGAGCGCCUCUCCUUGGCCGGGGCCGCGCGCCCCCUCCUCGCCGUGCCCCGGGCCCGCGCGGGAUUGUGCGUCCUCCCCCCUCGUCCCUGAAGGGAAGGAACCCAGGCGGCGGCAGUAGCGGCGGCGGCGGCGGCGCCGGCGCCCGGGAGCCCGAGUCUUCGCGGCGCCCCCGUCCCUCCCCCGCCGCACCCCGCCCCGGCGCGAGAGGAGAGCGCGAGAGCCCGAGCCGCGGGCGGGCGGCGAAGAUGGCAGAGGCGCCGGCCUCCCCGGCCCAGCUCUCUCCGCUCGAAGUGGAGCUGGACCCGGAGUUCGAGCCCCAAAGCCGGCCUCGCUCGUGUACGUGGCCCCUGCAGAGGCCAGAGCUCCAGGGUAGCCCGGCCAAGCCCUCGGGGGAGGCGGCCGCUGACUCCAUGAUCCCCGAGGAGGAGGACGACGACGACGACGACGACGGCGGCGGUAGGGCCGGCUCGGCCAUGGCGAUAGGCGGCGGUGGGGUCGGCCCACUGGGCUCUGGGUUGCUCCUGGAGGACUCGGCCCGGCUGCUGGCUCCCGGAGGGCAGGACCCCGGGUCCGGGCCAGCCCCCGCGGCGGGCGCGCUGAGCGGGGGGACGCAGGCGCCGCUGCAGCCUCAGCAGCCUCUGCCACCGCCGCAGCCGGGGGCGGCCGGGGGCUCCGGGCAGCCGAGGAAAUGCUCGUCGCGGCGGAACGCGUGGGGGAACCUAUCCUACGCCGACCUCAUCACUCGCGCCAUCGAGAGCUCCCCGGACAAACGGCUCACUCUGUCCCAGAUCUACGAGUGGAUGGUGCGCUGCGUGCCCUACUUCAAGGAUAAGGGCGACAGCAACAGCUCUGCCGGCUGGAAGAACUCUAUCCGGCACAACCUGUCACUGCACAGCCGGUUCAUGCGGGUCCAGAAUGAGGGCACCGGCAAGAGCUCGUGGUGGAUCAUCAACCCCGACGGGGGGAAGAGCGGGAAGGCGCCCCGGCGGCGGGCCGUCUCCAUGGACAACAGCAACAAGUACACCAAGAGCCGCGGCCGCGCAGCCAAGAAGAAGGCAGCCCUGCAGACAGCCCCCGAGUCAGCAGAUGAGAGUCCCUCCCAGCUCUCCAAGUGGCCCGGCAGCCCCACGUCCCGCAGCAGCGAUGAGCUGGACGCGUGGACCGACUUCCGCUCACGCACCAGUUCCAACGCCAGCACGGUCAGCGGCCGUCUGUCGCCCAUCCUGGCGAGCGCCGAGCUGGACGAAGUCCAGGAUGAUGACGCGCCGCUCUCCCCCAUGCUCUACAGCAGCGCGGCCAGCCUGUCCCCGUCCGUCAGCAAGCCCUGCACCGUGGAGCUGCCGCGGCUGACCGACAUGGCGGGCACCAUGAAUCUGAACGAUGGGCUGGCCGACAACCUCAUGGACGACCUACUGGACAAUAUCGCGCUCCCUGCGUCCCAGCCGUCGCCCCCCGGGGGGCUCAUGCAGCGCAGCUCCAGCUUCCCGUACACCACCAAGGGCUCCGGCCUGGGCUCCCCCACCAGCUCCUUCAGCAGCACGGUGUUUGGCCCCUCGUCUCUGAACUCCCUGCGUCAGUCUCCCAUGCAGACCAUCCAAGAGAACAAGCCAGCCACCUUCUCUUCCAUGUCGCACUACGGCAACCAGACACUCCAGGACCUGCUCACGUCGGACUCACUCAGCCACAGCGAUGUCAUGAUGACCCAGUCGGACCCCUUGAUGUCUCAGGCCAGCACCGCUGUGUCCGCCCAGAACUCCCGCCGGAACGUGAUGCUUCGCAGCGACCCAAUGAUGUCCUUUGCCGCCCAGCCUAACCAGGGGAGUUUGGUCAAUCAGAACUUGCUCCACCACCAGCACCAAACCCAGGGCGCUCUCGGUGGCAGCCGUGCCUUGUCGAAUUCCGUCAGCAACAUGGGCUUGGGCGACUCCAGCAGCCUCGGGUCAGCCAAACACCAGCAGCAGUCUCCUGUCAGCCAGUCUAUGCAAACCCUCUCGGACUCUCUCUCAGGCUCCUCCUUGUACUCCACGAGUGCGAACCUUCCCGUCAUGGGCCAUGAGAAGUUCCCCAGCGACUUGGACCUGGACAUGUUCAAUGGGAGCUUGGAAUGUGACAUGGAGUCCAUUAUCCGUAGCGAACUCAUGGAUGCUGAUGGGUUGGAUUUUAACUUUGACUCCCUCAUCUCCACACAGAACGUUGUUGGUUUGAACGUGGGGAGCUUCACUGGUGCUAAGCAGGCCUCAUCUCAGAGCUGGGUGCCAGGCUGAAGGCUCACUGAGGAAAGGGGAAGUGGGCAGAGCAGACCCUCAAACUGACACAAGACCUACAGAGAAAACCCUUUGCCAAAUCUGCUCUCAGCAAGUGGACAGUGAUACCGUUUACAGCUUAACACCUUUGUGAGCCCCCGCGUUUCCUAGCCCAGCAGAGACUGUUAUCUGCCCCGUCCCCUGGGUGAAGCACUUACCCUUGCACAGAACUCUCUCUAUAAAGUAUGCAAAACCUUCCUCGUAAGGGGUGACAGCCACCUGCCAGCGAAGGACAGCACCCUGCCCGCACCGCCCACCCCGUUCAGAGCACACCGUGAGCCCGUGGGCCAUUCUGUGGUGUUUUACUCUCGCAAUGGUUUAUGGGAUGUUUUAAGUGUUGUUUUUGUGUUUGUUUUCCUUUGACUUUGAGUUUCUCACAUGUAUUAACUUGCAGUCUUUUUAUGUUAAAAUGUUAUUCAUCCUUCCCCGGGCAAAUUUAAAAACAGAAGGAAAACGUUGCACCAGCUACUGUGCUGGCUUUGGGUGUCACAAGCGAGCGAGCCUGUAGAACUCCCCAGACUAACACGUUACAUAAACCAGAGGGGGAUUUUCUUUCUUCUUUUAUUUGUUAGAAAACUAUCCUUUUCUAAAAACUGAGCAGCGGCACAAGUGUUUGCUGUGUGCUCUGGUCCCAGACAGAGCCUUGCGUCUGGCAAACCAGAGGGGGCGUGGCCCGCGUGCUUGAUUCUGAGUCAGGGUGGUCGGGGGACGAGACCCUGGCACCUGGUCUACAGUUGCCAGAUCAGCAGGGCCUGUGGUCUCCUGUCAGUAUCCUCAGCUAACACAGUCAGCAAUGAUUGUUGGUUAGAAAUUAGAAUCUUUUCAAGGAAGAAAUCAGCUCAGCUGUCUGCUCAUUGCCAAAUGCCACUAACAUGUAGUUUUAAGG